GAAUGACAACUCUACAUACCGCUGACGAAGAUAACAUUACUGACGAGAGAACCAUCCAUGACGAAGUGAGCAGAAACAGCGAAGGAAGCUAUCAUCACCGACGAGGCAAAGAGUUAUUCAAUACGAUCAAUCAAUGAUCCGAGCAGUUACCAAAUCAACCAAGAAGACCGUUGGAGGGCCUAUUAAAAGUCUCAUUACUGGCCAGGUGCGUUACAAAAGAAAGCAUUAACAGCCUCAACGGCUAGCCCUGAUGGGCUCAGGUAUAAAACUCUCACACAACCAACAGAAGGGGAUAUAUGCAAAAAUACUCUGAAACUAUCUAUUCUUUUCUUUAUUGUGUUUAACUGUGAUCCUAACUUUGGCAUCGGAGACUUUGUGGCAGGCGCCACACCGGUGUCUCUCGACGAGCAAACCUUCACGCCUCACGGGUGAUUCCAUCUGCACAUUCACUGACGGAUUUGUGUUCCAUCAGUUUGGCGCCGUCUGUGGGGACGAGUUUUCAGAUUUAUAGUCGAAAACGUAGUUUCCAUCAAUUCACCAUAUCCAGAUGGAAUCCAACCCAGAUUCAACGGCCUUGGCCCAGCAAGUUCAAGCCCUGGCAGCCACCAUUGAGGAACUCACCAGGCAGAACCAGGAAAUGAAGCUGCGACUCCAGCAGGUUCAACAAGCUCAACAGGAAGAAAACCGGUCCAAGGGUAACACGGAGGGAGAGGGGGAUAGCCAACAGAGGGAAACCCCCCGAAGACCAACUACUCCGGACGAACAAAACUCAGAUCUUCUUCGGGAAAUGAGGAAAGAGAUGGACGAACUAAGGAGCGCCAUCAAGGAAAAGACAGACCGGAGUGUAGACAAGAUGGUAAGGGCUACAGAUUCACCCUUCACUGCAGCAGUACUUGAUUGCCCCGUGCCGUCAAAGUUUCGCCUGCCUCAGUUAGAACCAUUUGACGGACUCAAGGACCCUCAGGAUCAUCUUAAUACCUUUAAGACGACUCUGGGCCUUCAACAACCACCUGACGAGAUAUUAUGCCGUUCCUUCCCUACAACUCUCAAAGGAGCAGCAAGAGAAUGGUUUACUAAGUUGCCAAACUCGUCCAUAGACAACUUCGACCAGCUAAGCAGCGCUUUCCUGCGUCACUUCAUAGGGGGACAACGCCCAAGGAGACCAGUAGAUUACUUACUCACCAUAAGACAGGGAGAGAAGGAGACUCUGAGGUCAUAUGUCAAGCGAUUCACCCGGGAAACUCUGGAGGUGGACGAAGCUGAUGACAAGGUGCAAUUGACGACCUUCAAGGCAGGGUUGAAAUCCAGAGAUCUUGUAGCCUCUCUUGCCAAAAACCCCCCGAAGACAAUGGCUGAAAUGCUCCUGAAGGCCCAAAAAUACAUGAACGCGGAAGACGCUCUAGCUGCCAUAAAAGAUACCGAGAGGCUGGGAGACAAGCCCAAGCGGGAAGACGACCGCAGAGGGCAAAAGAGAGACAGACCAGAACGUCGGAACAAUGACGGGAAUAGAAGGAGGGAUGAAAGAAAUCCUCGUCAGGUAAAAUUUACUCCAUUGGUUAUGCCUGUUGACAAGAUUUUCACGCAGAUCAAGGACGAGCAUCAUCUCAAAUGGCCCAGGCCAUUACACUCGUCCCCCAACGUACGUGACAAGAACAAGUAUUGCCGGUUCCACAGAGACCACGGCCACAACACGGAAGAUUGCAGAGACCUGAAGGAACAAAUAGAGGAGUUAAUACGGAAAGGAAAAUUGCAGAAAUUUGUAAAGAAAGGAGAACAUAACAAGUUCAGAGACGACAACAGGACCCAAAAUGAAUCCUUCAUUCGGGAUGACGACCAUACGUCCCAACCUCCACGCAAAGUGAUCGGGGAGAUAAACACGAUCACGGGAGGACCAGUCUCAGGAGGGUCAUUCAGGUCGCUUAGAAAGGCAUACCACAGACAGGUAAACAGCGUCCACGCUGUUCCUCCGUCCAAGUACCGACGAACAUACCAAGAUAUGUCCUUUAAUGAAGGAGACGCCAGGGGAGUGAAACAGCCUCACAACGAUCCCCUGGUCAUAGUGCUGAAUAUAGAAGGGUUCAAUACCAGAAGGAUCCUUGUUGAUAACGGAAGCUCGGCGGACAUCAUCUACCUCCCAGCCUUCCAGCAGUUGAAGUUAGAUCCAAAAAGGCUCCGUCCUUUUGACUCUCCGCUUGUCAGUUUCAGUGGAGACAGGGUCUACCCCAGGGGUAUAGUGACUCUGACGGUAACAGCAGGGACCUAUCCGUUGCAGCUGACCAAACAAGUAGAUUUCCUGGUUGUAGAUUGCCCCUCGUCCUACAAUGUCAUCAUUGGGAGGCCUACCCUAAACAAAUGGAAGGCAGCAACGUCCACAUACUGUUUGAAGGUGAAAUUCCCAACAGACGACGGUGUAGGUGAAGUAAAGGGAGAUCAGGUCCUGGCGAGGGAGUGCUACCAGGCCGUACUGGCAAGAAAGGAGAACCACACGUGGACGAUAGAAGAAAAAGAGGAAGACAGAAUGGAGAUCCUGGAAGCAGUAGAGUUGGUAGAAGGAAAUGCGGACAGGACAACCAGGAUAGGGACGACGCUAAGCCCUGAGAUGAGAGUGAAACUCAUAAAGUUCCUUAAAGGGAAUCUUGAUGUCUUCGCAUGGAGUCACGAGGACAUGCCAGGCAUAUCUCCAGGGAUCAUCCAGCAUAGACUAAAUGUGGACGCCAACAAGAAGCCCGUUCAGCAACGACGAAGAACUUUCGCUCCAGAGCGAGAUCAGGCAGUAGCAGAAGAGGUAACCAAACUAUUGACAGCAGGGUUCAUCCGAGAGGUAUACUACCCAGAAUGGCUCGCCAACAUCGUCCUGGUAAAGAAACCAAAUGGAAAGUGGAGAAUGUGUGUAGACUUCACUGAUCUGAAUAAAGCAUGCCCAAAGGACAGCUUCCCUCUACCAAGGAUAGACCAACUCGUGGAUUCUACCGCUGGACACAAGUUGUUGACGUUCAUGGAUGCCUUCUCAGGGUACAACCAGAUAAAGAUGGCUGAAGAAGACCAGGAGAAGACCGCCUUCAUCACCAGCCAGGGACUCUAUUGUUACAAGGUGAUGCCUUUUGGGUUGAAAAACGCUGGAGCUACAUACCAGAGGUUGGUAAACAAAAUGUUCAAUCAACAAAUUGGCAGGAACAUGGAAGUAUACGUAGACGAUAUGCUCGUCAAGAGUAAGGAAGAGCUCGCCCAUCUGGACGACCUGGAGGAGACUUUUGCAACCCUGAGAAAACACCAGAUGAAGUUAAAUCCUAGCAAAUGUGUUUUUGGGGUAGCCUCGGGAAAAUUCCUGGGAUUCAUGGUGUCCCAGAGAGGAAUAGAAGCCAAUCCAGAGAAGGUACAAGCUAUCAUUGACAUGGCUUCACCCAAAACCGUCAAGGAUGUACAAAAACUUACGGGAAGGAUAGCAGCUCUAAACAGGUUCGUCUCCAGGGCCACAGACAAAUGCUUGCCCUUUUUCAAAACCCUCAAGCAGGCCUUUGCUUGGACUGACGAAUGCGAAGCAGCGUUCCAAGAGUUGAAACGAUAUCUGAGCAGUCCACCUCUCCUGAGCCCGUCUAAAGGAGGGGAGAACCUAUAUUUGUACCUGGCAGUAUCAGCGUCGGCAGUCAGCGCAGCCUUGAUUAGAGAAGAAGGCAAGAAGCAACUCCCGGUGUACUACGUCAGCCAGGCCUUUCAAGGAGCUGAGUUCAGGUACCCAAGAAUUGAAAAGAUUGCGUUCGCACUUAUAGUAGCUUCGCGCAAGCUCAGACCGUAUUUCCAGUCAAAUCCUAUCCUCGUAAUGACGGACCAGCCAAUCAAGAAGUCAAUGAACAAACCGGAAGCAGCAGGGAGAAUGGUCCAAUGGGCAAUCGAACUCAGUCAAUUUGACAUCGAGUACCAUCCAAGAGCAGCCAUCAAGGCACAAGCCCUGGCUGACUUCAUCGCUGAAUUCACUCUUCCAGACGAAGCAGGAACUACCGACGUAGUUGGAAAAUGGAUAAUACAGACAGAUGGUUCGUCAGCCCAAAAGAGGGGGGGAGUAGGGGUCGUCAUAACCACCCCCGACGGAGAAGUGAUGAAAUAUGGAGUUCAACUGGAGUUCCCAGCCACCAAUAACGAAGCCGAAUAUGAAGGAAUACUGACGGGCUUGAGGCUUGGAAAAGCUCUUGGUGCCAAAAACUUGCUUAUCCAGAGUGAUUCAAAGCUGGUAAUCGGACAGAUCAGUGGAGAGUACGAGGCAAAGGAGGAAAGGAUGCAGAAAUACCUUAAACUGACAAGGCAGCUAACUCAGGAGUUCGACACAGUGGAUUUCGCCCAGAUACCAAGAAACCAGAAUAUUGAAGCUGACGAAGUGUCGAAACUAGCAUCGUCAGAAGCAGGAAUGACAAGCGCAGACAUGGCAAUAGAAAUUCAGAAAUGCCCAAGUAUUGAGGAGGUGGCAGUGCUCACCACCCAGAGCACAAACACCUGGAUGACGCCCUUGAUAUCCUACCUCCAAGACGGACACUUACCUCAGAAUACUGACGAAGCCAGAAAGGUCAGAAAGAGAGCGGCUAGGUUCACGAUCCUAAAUGACGUCUUGUACAAGAGAGGCUUCUCUAUGCCCUACCUGAAGUGCGUCGACGAGGACGAGGCCAAAUACAUCCUAGAAGAGGUACACGGAGGAGUCUGUGGCGACCAUGCCGGCCCCAGAUCCCUAGUAAACAAAGUGAUAAGAGCGGGGUACUUUUGGCCAACCAUGCAGGGGGAUGCUGCUAACCUCGUCAGGAGAUGCAACAGAUGCCAGCGGUACGGGAAUGUACAACGGCUUCCAGCAGAGAAGAUGACGACCAUAUCCUCCCCAUGGCCAUUCGUGCAAUGGGGAAUCGACAUCGUCGGUCCUCUGCCCCAAGGUAAAGGUCAGGUAAAAUUCCUUCUAGUUGCUAUUGACUAUUUCACAAAAUGGGUUGAAGCAGAGGCUCUAGCAACCAUCACUGAGGCUCGGAUCCGGAGCUUCGUAUGGAAAAACAUUAUCUGCAGGUUCGGGAUCCCUUUGACGAUCAUAUCCGAUAAUGGGAAGCAGUUCGAUAGCCAAGGCUUCAGAGAGUUCUGCUCGAACCUCGGGAUCAAGAAUCAAUUCUCAUCCCCGGGACACCCCCAGGCAAAUGGACAGACGGAAGUAACAAACAGGACGUUGCUCAAGAUAAUCAAAACCAAGCUGGACGAAGCAAAAGGUGCCUGGCCCGAAGAACUGCCUAAUGUCUUGUGGGCAUACAGGACUACAGCCAGAACCCCGACAGGAGAGACACCCUUCAGGCUCACCUACGGCUCAGAAGCAGUGAUCCCAGUAGAAGUUGGAGUAACAAGCAUCAGGCGAGGAGCUUUCAGAGAGGGACUCAAUGACGAGGGACUGCGGUUCAACCUGGAUUGCUUGGAUGAAAUAAGAGACAAUGCGUCCAGUCGAAUGACAAAGUAUCAAAAGAAAAUGGCCGAGUAUUACAAUAAGAGGGUCAAACUCAGGCGGCUGGCCAUAGGGGACCUCGUCCUUCGCAAAGUCACUAUAGCUACUAAAGACCAGACUCAAGGGAAGCUGGGCCCUACAUGGGAAGGGCCAUAUCGCGUCGUUCAUUACUCUAGGCAAGGGAGUUACCAUCUGGAAACUAUGGACGGACGAAAACUCCCUCGUCCUUGGAACAUUGAGCAUUUAAAGAAAUACCAUGAGUAAAUGUAACACACGAAUGCACUCGUUAUUGAAGUUAAUAAAAGUAUUAUUCAUUCAAUGUUUUUGCGCAGGCAGUACAGGUCAACCAUGAGGCCUAUAAAUCACUAAGUAACAAGAUUCCGCCUUGACGGAUGUAAGUUACCGACGACCAUAAUACUAUGGUUAAAAGACUUAAGUAACAAGAUUCCGCCUUGACGGAUGUAGGUUACCGACGGCCAUAACACUGGUUGAAAGACUUAAGUAACAAGAUUCCGCCUUGACGGAUGUAAGUUACCGACGACCAUAAUACUAUGGUUAAAAGACUAAGUAAUAAGAUUCCGCCUUGACGGAUGUAAA